CAAUAUUGAAUAUUGAAUCGCGAUCAUCACACAAACUCAACAAUUUUACGAACAACUUACGGUGCUCAUAGCCUCGUCCAAGUAUAAAACGAACUUGCGAUCAGUGACGCGAAAGGGGUAAAAACUCGUCCAAUUUCGUCAUUAUAAGUACUCCAUUACAAUGGCUACCACUACCAUCGCUGCGCGUGGCCAACCUCCCAGAACCGGUGUCAAGAUACCUCCGACACCUCCCAACCAGACGCUCUACGUUAAGAAUGUACCGUCGCGAAAAAUAAACAAGACUGAUCUAAAGACUGCGCUUUACAUGCUAUUCUCGACUUUCGGUCCGGUCCUCGAUGUGGUAGCUCUGAAGACCAUGAAGAUGCGCGGUCAAGCUCACAUUGUCUUUCGCGAUGUACAAGCAGCGACUCAGGCUAUGAGAUCUUUGGAAGGAUUUAAAUUUCUAGGCGAGGAAUUGCAUAUCGAGUAUGCGAAAUCGAAAUCAGAUACCAUCGCGAAGCUAGACGGCACAUACAAGAUGCCUGGAUCAGCCGCAGCCGCCAAUGUCGAGAUGACGGAAGCUCAACAGAGCAUCUUCAAUGCCCCAGCGCCUGGGACAUCUACAAUCAACGCCGCCGCCACUCCAACUCAUGUUCUCCCCGCGAAGCCGCCUCAGAAUUCCGAUCAGGUCAUGAGGGAUGCGAAUAGCCCGGAUACACGCGGACAAAAGCGGCCUCGUGACGAGGAGGAAGAGGAAGACAGUGAUGAAGAUGUGGCAAUGGAAGAGGACAGCGAUGAUGAAUGAAGAUCUGUUACCACAAUACCCUACGAAUAGACGCCCCCAAAAAGGCGAUCCGUUUCGAUUAUCCAGCUAUAGGCCGUUGACCAUCCCGCUUCCGAUUUGCGGCUUAAUAUCAUCCCACCUCGGUGGCCAUCUCCCUAGGGACCCAGAGCCCGACGCAUCCCCCCACAAGACCCAGCCAUACCAUAAGAU